CUUAACAGUGACCUCUAGUCAAAGAUUUAGAUACGUCACCGGUUAAACAGGUCACACCUAAAGAGAAAGUGCAGCACAUUGCUGAAGUAAUGUUAGAGGAGUGAAGAAAGCAAGAUGAGUCUCCCAGAGAAACAGAGUGUUGUGUCUUUGAAGAGUGAUCAUUCGAAAGGUGGAGUACCGAACUUCAGUGAGGAAACACCAUCAGCUACCAAAAGACCAGGUUCACUUGUAUUCAGUUCUGUGUCUCUGAAGAGUGACCAUUCAAAAGGUGGAGUACCGAACUUCAGUGAGAAAAAACCUUCGGCUACCAAAAGGGUUCAGUGUGAUACAUCAGACUCAUGCUUGAAGAUUCACAGACGGCGCCAGGAUUUCAAAGGAAAUAUCCUUUCGAUCUUCAAGGAUCUUGAGAAUAAAAUAAUCACAUUUCUGAAGAAUGAGCUUGAAAGGAUGAAGAAAAUAAUAAAAAGGGAAAACACACAAUACUUUGUGAAGGACUUAAAGGAGGACAGAAACAAUAUCAGAGAAGCGGCUCUUGAUAUCAUACUCUACUUCCUGAGAAGUAUGAAACAAGAUGAACUUGCUGAUACUCUAGAAGACGAGCUGGUCUUCAUUUAUCAACAAAAACUCAAAUCAAACCUGAAGAAGAAGUAUCAAUGUGUGCUUGAAGGAAUUGCAAAGCAUGGUGACUCCACACUUUUAAACAAAAUCUACACAGAUCUCUAUAUCACUCAGGGUAGUAGUGAACAGGUCAAUACUGAACAUGAGGUAAGACAGAUUGAGAAAGCAUCCAGGCAAACUGAAUCACCAGAGAUACAGAUUAAGUGCACAAGUUUGUUCAAACCACCCGGCCAAGACAAGGAAAUAAGAACUGUACUAACAAAAGGAGUUGCUGGUAUCGGAAAAUCCAUCUCUGUGCAAAAGUUUGUUCUGGACUGGGCCGAAGGAAAUGAAAAUCAGGAUAUCAGCUUCAUAUUUCCUCUUCCUUUCCGAGAGAUGAACUUAAAGGAGAAUGAUAGACAAAGUUUGAUGGGCCUUAUCAGUCAGUUUUUCCCAGAGACAAAAGGUCUGAACCUCGCAAGAAAUGAUAAAUUCAAAGUCCUUUUCGUCCUUGACGGAUUGGAUGAAUGUCGACUUCCUCUGAAGUUUGAGGGUAAUGAGACUUGUCGUGAUGUCACAUCUCCGGCCACUCUGGAUGUUCUUCUAACCAAUCUCAUCAAGGGAAAUCUUCUUCCUUCUGCUCACAUCUGGAUAACCACCAGACCAGCAGCAGCCAGUAAGAUUCCUCCUGAGUAUAUUGACCUGGUGGCAGAGGUGCGAGGGUUUGAUGACCCACAAAAGGAGGAGUACUUCAAGAAAAGGUUCACGGAUGUAAAUCUGGCCAACACAAUCAUUGAUCACAUAAAAAAAUCAAAGAGCCUCUUUAUCAUGUGCCACAUCCCAGUCUUCUGCUGGAUAUCAGCCACUGUGCUCCAAAACAUUUUGGAGAAGAAAAGAAAUAAUAAGAGCAAUCAGGCUGAUGACGUCUCCAAAACACUGCUGGAGUCUGAUGAUUUUCCUAAGACUUUGACACAAAUGUACACACACUUUUUCCGCUUUCAGAUCCAGCAGAGCAGUCAAAAAUAUGAUGGAAAAUACUCCCCAGAUAUUUCCUGGAAUAAAGAGGCGAUCCGUUCUCUGGGGAAACUGGCAUUUAAUCAGCUGGAAAGAAACAACCUGAUUUUCUAUGGUACAGACCUGGAGGACUGUGGUAUUGACCUCUCCAAGGCAUCCAUGUACUCUGGGAUGUGUACUCAGAUCUUUAAGGAGGAAACGGGGAUUGUUCUUGGUACCACAUACUGCUUUGUUCACAUGAGCAUUCAAGAGUUUAUGGCGGCUCUUUAUGCUCAUCUGAUUCUGGACACAAACAAGAAAAGUGCAUUUUUCCAAGACAGCACAGAACAAGAAAACAAAAGUCAAACAAUGAUUGAUUUGCUCAAGACUGCAGUGGACAAGGCACUCAUGAGUGACAAUGGACACCUGGACCUUUUCCUUCGCUUCCUUCUCGGUCUGUCUCUGGAGUCCAAUCGGUCACUCUUACAAGGUCUGUUGACACAACAAGACAGCAAUGAGCAGAGCAAAACUGAAAUAGUUGAGUACAUCAAGCAGAAAUUUGAAGAUAAUGCAUCUCCAGAGAGAUCCAUCAAUCUGUUCUUCUGUCUGAAUGAACUGAAUGACCAAACUCUGGUGAAGGAGAUUCAUAAUCAUCUUAGAAAAGGAAGUCUCUCAUCUGCUGACCUCUCACCUGCUCAGUGGUCAGCUCUGGCCUUUGUGCUUCUGACAUCAGAGGAGGAGCUGGAGGAGUUUGAUCUUCAGAAAUUCAAGAAAUCAGAUGAGUGUCUCUGUAGAUUAGUGCAAGUUGUCAAAACCUCCAAAAGAGCUUUGCUAAAUGAUUGUGACCUUACAGACAAAAGCUGUUUAGCACUGUCUACAGUUCUCAGAUCAGAUACCAAUCUGAAAGAGCUGAACAUGAACAAUAAUAAUCUGCAGGAUUCAGGAGUGAAGCUGCUCUGUGCUGGACUGGAGAGUAAAAAAUGUAAAUUGCAGAAACUGAGGCUCAGUAAGUGUGAGUUAACAGAGGAAAGCUGUUCAGCUCUAGCUACAGUUCUCAGAUCAGACUCCAGCAGUCUCCAAGAGCUUGACCUGAGCAAUAAUAAUCUGCAGGAUUCAGGAGUGAAGAUGCUCUCUGUUGGACUACAAAAUAACUGUACACUGGAGAUACUCAGACUUUCGAACUGCAGUAUUACUGAAGAAGGAUAUAAAGCUCUGUCUUCAGCUCUGCUAUCAAAUCCUUCACACCUGAUAGAGUUGGAUCUCAGAGGAAAUGACCCUGGAGAAUCAGGAGUGAAACUGCUCUAUGAUUUACUACAGGAUACAAACUGUAAACUUAAAAUACUGAGGUUGUUAAAAAGUCCUUCUGCAGAAGAAGCCUGUCAGUAUUUGACUAAAGAGUUUGGUAAAAAUCCUUUACUCCUGAGAGAUUGGAAUCUGAAUGGAUAUAAACUUGGAGACUCAAAAGUGAAGCAGAUCGCUGCUCUACUGGAAGAUAAACACUGUAAACUCAACAAACUUCUGUUACGAGAUUGUGAAAUGACAGAUGAAGGUUGUUCUGCUCUGACUUCAGCUUUGUGUUCAAAUCUUUCACACCUGAGACAUCUGAACCUGAGUGGGAAUAAACUAAAGAACACAGGAUUGAAUCACAUAUGUGAUCUACUGAACGAUUCACACUGUAAACUGGAGAAACUGAUUCUAUAUAAUUGUGAAAUCACAGAUGUUGCUUCUUUGACUGAGGUGAAAACAGUGCGGUCUUUAAAGAAACUUGAUCUGAGAAGAAACAAAAUUAAACAAUCAUCAGGGGAGAAGCUCUGUGAAGUGCUGAAAAACUCAGACUGUGAACUGGAACUAGACAGCGAAGAUUGGAUGCGAGCUGUGACCAACACAUGAGGGAGCCUCUAAAGGAGAUGUUACAGAUGAAGAACGCUCUCAUCAGAGCACAGAUGUGUCCGAUCAGAAGGGGACUACAGUAUAAAUCAUAUUCUGAUGUUGAGAUUAAACUGCUCUGAUUGUAUGUGAAAAUCUAUAUUAGCCUAACAGUAUUUUUUUAUGUUUUAAUCAUCGGGAUUCAGUUUAAUAACUUGUUUGACUGACAUGUACUUUUAAUCUAGACUUUAAAUCUCUUUGCAGUCUUCAGAUGAAACUGAGAGCACAAGUUCAAUAAAUAUUCAU